AUGAGCUCGACAGCACCCGGCUUGGCAGGCACGAUUGCUGCGAAGAACUCCACGUCAACUCGGGCGGCCCCUGCGCACGGGGCUCCACCAACGGUGAAUCUCCCUCUCGGCGAGCGGGCAGUGAACCCACGCUCUCCUACCGAACCGACUGCAUCACCUUCCUCAGCGACAUGGACAUCCCCUAUCCCGAAAGAGAACCCCACCGAGGACGAGACCAAGGCUGAAGUACAAGUGUUCUCGGCGUUGUCGUUGGUCGGCUAUAGGGUUUAUCGCCAGCGGUGGUAUGGUCUGGUCGCGUUGACGUUGAUCAAUAUCGUUUGUGCGAGUGAGUUUCAGACAGCCAGCUCCUCUUCGAGUCGCGAAAGGAGACGAAUGUCAUAGUUUAGGGGGUCAGAAUCGCUGAUCGUCGGAUUUUCACAGUCAAUUGGACCUUGUUCACAUCGAGUAAGCACUGGCCGAGACGAGAGGGGAACACGCUUGACUAUGAUCUGACACGAAAAUUUGCCCUCAGUUUCAAUCGACACGGCCGCGCACUUUGCCGUCAGUACGACCAAGGUCAAUUGGCUAUCAAACAUCGUUUGUGGAGCAGUAAGUAAAGUAUCUUCAUCGCUAUCGCGCACCGAGAUUGGGAGAACUGAACAUCUCGCUGCCCACAGUACGUCUUCGCUGCUCCUUGCGUUCCCUGGCUUACGAUGCGCUAUUCGAUCCGCGGCGUCACCUUGAUUGCCGCGGCUCUCAUGCUUCUUGGUGGUUGGUACGUCCUCACUCAUCUAAUCAUCAUUCGGGCAUCACACUCAAUCUCUGUCUUACCAACCACAGGCUCCGCUACGCCGCAACCGCUUCGACGCUCUCCCCAGACGGAGCGUAUACCCUGCUCUUCAUUGGCUCGUUCCUCAUCGGCGUAGCGCAAUGUUUCGUCCAAGUGAUCCCUCCGGCUUUCUCAGAGACUUGGUUCGGUCUGAACGCGAGGACGACCGUGACGAUGAUCCUGUGAGUGGGCGUUGAUAACAUUCCUUUCUGGGGAACCAAUCCCUCGCCCUGAUGAAUAAACCUUCACACUGGCCGUAGAGCCGUUUCAAACCCAUUCGGAGGAGCCAUCGCCUCCCUCCUCGCUCCAGGCGUCGUCACGAACCCAUCACACCUCCCUCUCCUCUGCCUCAUCGCAGCCAUCAUCGUCACCGUUUGCGCACCGUUUGCGUUCCUCGUUCAAGCUCGACCACCUACGCCGCCUACGAAGAGCGCGGAAGGGAGGUUGAUGUCGACUGCGGAGGUGUGGAGAGGGGUCAGGGCGUUGUUCGGCAAGGGGGACCAAGAGGGGAGGUGUAUGACGAGGAGGGAGAGGUGCGAUUUCGCCAUCAUUAGUAUUGUGAGUCUUCAGUGUGCUAGUAUCCAACAUCAAGAGUGACGACUGACCAGAUUCAUGCGACCUCUGCGACAGGUCUUCACCGUCAUUUUGGCCUUUUUCGACGCGUUUCUCAUCCUCAUCAACCAGAUCUUUGAACCUUAUGGCUACUCAUCGGAUCAGGCGGGCUUCAUUGGCGCAGCCGUCAUCUUUUCGGGUAUCUUGGCGGCGGGGGUUUCGGCCCCUUUGCUGGAGUAAGCUUUACUCAUCUCUCGUCGUGUUGAGCACACCUCACCCUCUCUGACUCUCACUCUUGCCCCACAGUCGCUACUUUCACUUCCGUCUUGCCCUAACCGCCAAAUUCCUCGUGCCCAUAAUCGGUCUCUCUUUCCUCUUGCUGAUCUGGAUCAUAAAGCCCUCCAACCUGGCCCCAAUCUUUGUCAUCACCAUCCUCAUGGGCUGUAGUUCCUUCACGAUGUUGCCGAUCGGCUUGGAGAUGGCAGCGGAAAUUGGGUACCCAAAUAUGGGGAUCGAGAUCACUUCGGCGGUGUUGUAUUGGUUAGGGAAUGGUGAGUUCUGAAGAUAUGAGGGCGUUGAGUGUUUGAAGGAGCAGUGAGACUAACGACAUGGGCUCUUCUGCUGGAUUAAGGUGCUUCCGUCGUAGCUUCGGUAGCGAUGAACGCCCUCACCUCUGGUCCGAACGCCAGUCCUCCCAACAACAUGCGCAGGGUACGUCCGUAACACACCACCCAAUGCGAUCACCAUGAAGUCCGAGCUAACACCCCUCCCCUUCCUCUACGACCCAAAGGCCAUCGUCUUCGAAGGCAUCGUCGUCUUUGUCACCUCUUUCCUCAUAUUAUUCAUCAAGGGGGACCAGACGAGAAGAUUGGAGGAUGUGAGAGCGCACGAGGAGAUGGAGGAGAGGAAAGGGUGGGUCGCGUUGGGGAAUGGGUUUGGGAGGGACGAGUAG